AUGAUCGUGAAGGCAGGGAUUGACACUGUCACCAAACUCUCGGUGCAGAUUUCCCGUCUCAGCGAGCGGAUCCGGGAGCUGGAGGGGAAGUGUCAGAAGCCAGCGAGUGAAUUCCUGCAGGACGUCAGAAGCACCUUGAGCAGGUGUGAGGAGGGGCAGGCCCAGCAGCCAGAGGAGAUGGCUCCUGAACUGGAAGAACAAGUCCGUGGUUUCUCCAAGAAAGCUAUUGCGCUAUCGGAGAGUCUGAGGGAGUUCAAAGACACUCUGCCGGCCGCACUGGGGGCACAAAGCGGGGAACCCCUAAGAGCGCACAGACCAG